GAGAGUUCCCCCACUGGCGAAGAGAGGGUCACCAGCUGGAUUCCCCCUCCCCGCCCCACUCCACCCCGACCCCCACGGGCCUCCAGCUGCUUCCAGGCGGAGGCCUGCUCCCUCGGGGCCAAUAGGAAGGCCAUAAGGUCACCUGAUGGGCGUGCCCUCCAGCCACUUCUCCGCCCAGGCCUGCUCCCUGCAGGCCAAUGGGAAGGCGAUGAGAUCACCUGAUGGGCGUGCCCUCUAGCCGCUUCCAGGCCGAGGCCUGCUCCCUCGGGGCCAAUGGGAAGGCCAUAAGGUCACCUGAUGGGCGUGCCCUCCAGCCACUUCUCCGCCCAGGCCUUCUCCCUGCAGGCCAAUGGGAAGGUGAUGAGGUCACCUGAUGGGCAUGCCCUCCAGCCGCUUCCAGGCCGAGGCCUGCUCCUUCGGGGCCAAUGGGAAGGCGAUGAAGUCACGUGACGGGCGUGUCCCUGGUGAGGCCGUAGCCACGUGCGAGCGAGGCGGUUACCGUGUGGUGACGUGGUGGCACGAGGAUGUACGUGCCCAACGGACUGGGCUCCCCAGCCAGUGAGGGGCUGGGCCCUCGUCGCUAGGAUACACGGUACUGGACGCCAUAACGGUCAUCUUGAGAGGCAUCUCGUAGCUCUAGAGCAAGCCGAGCCGAGAUCGCGCACUCAACACCCAGCAUGUCGGAGAGGAGGAGCCGUCGAGGGUCCUCUGGUGCUGGCGGCCGGAGGCACACCCGCUCUCGCACCGCCCGAGCGGAGGUUUUGUUUUCUGUGAGCCAAGUGGAGCGUAGUCUACGGGAAGGCCACUACGCCCAGCGCCUGAGUCCCUGUGCGCCAGUCCACCUCGCUGUCGUGAUUGAGUCCCUCACGGCCCAGAUCCUGGAGCUGGCGGGCAAGGAGGCCCACAACAGCGGAGACACGACCAUCACUCCGCAGCUGCUGCACAUGCCGGUUCACAACAACGCGCUGCUGAGCACCCUCUUUGACACAACCACCAUCUCUCAAGUGGUUCCCGGCCGGGACUAGCUGCUGACGACGCCCGACUUCUGGGACCCGGCAGGUCCACUCGUCCACCUACCCAGCCCCAAAUCCCCCA